UCUCAGUUAUCAAAAACCGAUAGGCCGAUGACUGCAGCAGGCCAGGUGAAAUCAGAAGAUAUUUAAUAAACUGAAUUCAGCCGGCUCUGCGUGGGAACGUGCGUGUAAAAUAGUCACCAGGAGAAUCGGACGAAGCAACUGGUGAAUCUUGAGCCGCUGCUGCCAAUAGAAGAGCACACUCUGCGAGGCUCAGCCCGGCACGUUGCACAUUGGUUAAUUUCUGUAGAGGAUUGGCCAAUCCAGGUUCAACCAUGGCAACAGUGGUCUUUCUGUCGCGUCAGCGCUUGCUCGCCUGCUCCUUGCGGCUGUUCAGUAGCGCCCACUCAAGGUGCCUGUCGACAAUGUCCGGGACCAGGACAAGUCUGGCAAGUGAUUCCUGGCCUUUCGCGAAUCGCCGAAACCUGCUUCUGCCUACCGUCAACAUCCGCUUCAACCACAAGUCGGCGAACCCGGCGGCGGCUGCACCAGCGCCCGCGGUUAAAGACUCGUCGGCCGGCGACAAGGAUUUGAAGGUCACCAAUACCACUACCUCCAGCGAACUCUUUGGCGAGGCGGCUAACAUGGGUUUGUUCGCCAAGUUCAAGCACAUGUACAAACAGUACUGGUACGUGCUCAUCCCGGUGCACGUGCUCACGUCAGUGGGCUGGUUUGGAGGAUUUUACUACCUGUCAAAGAGUGGCGUCGAUGUGCCCGCUUUGCUUCAGUACGUCCACCUGAGCGAGAACAUCAUUGAGAAGGUGCAGGGCUCGGAUAUGGGGCACUACGCCAUCGCUUAUCUGUGCUAUAAAGUGGCCACGCCCCUGCGCUACGCCCUUACUCUGGGGUGCACCACCGUAUCCAUUAAGUACCUGGUGCAACACGGCUACAUUAAGCCCAUGCCCUCGAAAAGCGAGCUAAUUAAGAUGUACGAGGACAAGAAGGCCACUCGGGCCAGCGCUAAGGCGGACAAGGCAGAGAAGGACGAGAGUAAAUGAUCCUCGGCCACGGGCAAAGACAUUCCCACUUCGGCGGUGUCGUUGCCUUUGCCACAGUCACGAGAUCCUAAACCGCCGCCGCCGCUGCUGCCACUGUCAAUGCCCCAAAGGAUCGGCGACCAGCAGCGACCGGCCGCCGGCGAGCGGCGAGCAGUUGACCUGUUGCCUUUUUUGUUAAACUGCCGCCGUUCUUGCUGGCACUGGUGCUCAACGAACAUAACUCUUGUCCGGAAUCACAGUCGAUCGCAGAAGCCGCAGCCACCGCACUGAGUUGGAGAUGCACACACGCCCACCACCACAGUUAAAUACCCGUAUUCCCAACAAUCCCAUCCCACGUAUUCAGAUACACACUCUCGGAGCUCAAUAUGUACUUUGCUUAUAGUUUCUGCUGCAGUUACGAAACCGCGGGACGUCCCCAAUAGGAAAUCAAAUCAUAUUUCACAAAGAAACCCAAAACAGAGCCGCAGGACGUGGAGUUCAGUAGUAGUUAUUUAUAGAUAUAUUUUGUAAAUGUGAGAAUGUUGUCGCAAACAAUAACCUAACUUUUAAAUUAAAGUAUAAAUAAAAAGAAGCAGACUCCUA